UCCCUCAGGAUGCAACAUUCCACACGACUUCAUUUGCUUUGCCUUACAUAGUAGAAGUCACUCUCAUGCCUGUGUGCAAUCUAUCACCAAUUCCCAGAGAUCCCCGUCCGCGGACUCUGAGGAGUUUUUUUUCUGUUAAAAGCCCCCCGUGGAACACUUUUAGCAUCUGUGAUGGAGAUUUUUAAAAAAGCGACAGUGGGCCGGGGAUCUGGCGAGGAGAACCGGAGCUUCUGGGAAAGAUUAUCUGGUUUCUCACAGCUUUUUUCAGGACACGUGGGCACCAAUUGCUAGAAGGUAAAAUCUUCCCACAGCGUUUUUUUUUCUCCCGUCAUAUCAGAUGGAAAGUCUCUGCCUGUUUUUCACUCUUUGACAAGUUCGGGCAGGAUUUCACCUCACUUUAAAACUUUAAAGUUUGACUCUUUGACGGUUUUGUUUUCAGUUCGACUUAUCUGGUCUGGAAUUUUCUCUUUUACAUCUCAAAUGAUUUGGAGCGUGUUUGGCUGCUUGACUGGCUUCUUUGGUGCAACAGUGGAAAAGCAGCUGGUGACUCACCACCUCAGGCACAAAAAAAAAAAAAAAAAAAAGGAGGAGCUACACACACACAGAGGCAACGACUGAGCAGCGACUCAAACAGGACGGCUGCCAUUCGUCCCGAGCUCUGAGGGGAACGACUUCCAGAGCUGCCUCUGCACAGGAAACCAACUUUGAAUGUGUGAAAAGCAAACCAGAAGACUGAAACAAGGAUUAAAAAGCAGCUGAAAGCCGUUGACUCUAAAAAGCAGAGGGGUAAAAAAACCCGUUCUGCAGGAUUCCUCUUUGUUUGUUGGGGUGAGGCUUGAUCUUCCAGGUGAUUUACUCCUCAGCUCAGUGGGAUUUUUUCCUGCUCGGGAAGAGAGCCGUAAAAAAUGAACAAAAGCGGCAACGUGAGCUGGGUCCAGGGCGCGAGUCCCUAUCAGUUGAUCGAAGACUGCGAGGCCGUGCACAAGUCGCUCUACAAGUUCUACGCGGCCGUCACCAUCCUGAUCUUCAUCCUGGCUCUGCCCCUCAACGGCUCCGUCCUCCACCUCUUCAUCUUCAAGCUCAAGUUCUGGAAGUCCAACACCAACAACGUCUUCCUCUUCAACCUGGUGCUGGCGGACGUCUUGCUGCUCUUCUGCCUGCCAAUCAAGGCCCACAACUUCCUCAUGGGGGAGAGGCGGAGCGGGAACGAGGUGGUGUGCAAGGCCAUGCUCUUCAUGCUUUUCUUGAACCGAGGAGCCAGCAUCGCCUUCCUCACCGUGACGUCCAUCGAUCGGUACUUCAACGUGGUGCACCCGGGCCGGAAGAACCUCCUGAGGGCGCUGAAGAAGUCCCCCCAGAUCUCCAUCCUGAUCUGGGUCCUCCUCCUGCCCCUCACCAUCCCCACCAUGCUGCAGAACUUCGACUGCUGCAACAGCCUGGGCAACAAGGACGACACCCUGAUCAAGGGCGUGGUGGACAGCAUGAGGGAGGUGGUCUUCUUCACCCAGAUCCUCAUCCCCUUCGCCAUCCUGCUCUACUGCACCGUGCGCAUCGUCAACCGCCUCCGCAAGAAAACGGUCGGCGACAAGACCAAGCUGAAGCGCGCCGUGUUCCUGGUGACGGCCGUCAUGGUGGUGUUCUCGCUCUGCUUCCUGCCCUGCACCAUCGCCCGCAUGGUGCUGCUCAUCGUGCGCGUCCAGGACCUGGACGAGUCCGUGCAGGACAAGGUGACCGGGGCCUUCGACGGGCUCAUGGUGCUCUCCUACAUGGACUGCCUGCUGGACCCGCUGGUCUACUGCUUCUGCAGCACCAAGUUCAAGGCCAUCUACCUCUCCAACUACUUC